AUGCCAGACGCCCCCUUUGUCCCCCCCUGCUCCAGCCCCUUCUCUUUCUGCCAGAGACAGCUAAAAGCCCAGCAGCAGAGGGGAUCGACUUCCCAGGAGCUCACAGCUUUGAAGACAGAGAAUGCCAAUGCCUCCCUGCUUUCUGAGGAUGGGAAAAAGAAGGCAGUGCUGCCAGAGGAGUGGACAGAAAGUGCAAGAUUCCUCCAAGGCCAGGAGGAGGAGGAGCAGCUGCAAGAUGCUGGCUGGGCAGGCACCACAAGCAUCAUCCAGGACAUUCACAUCCAGGUGGAAAAGGCAAAAGAGCUGGAGCUGAAGGAACAGUUUGAUGCCCUGAGGAGAGAGCACACGGAGACCCUGCAAGAGCUCCAGAGAGCACAUGAGAAGGAGAAGCUGCUGCUGGCAGAGUCCCACCACAGGUCCCAGGCAGCCUUACAGGAGACAAUUCAAGCACUGAAUUCCCAGCUGAAAUCCUUCCAGGAGAAGAUGAAGCGGGUGGAAGAGUCACUCUUGAGCACAGACUACAAGAAGCACAUCCAGGAGUAUGGGAGCCCCAGCCCCUUCUGGGAGCAGGAGCUGGAGAGCCUGCACUUCGUCAUCGAGAUGAAGAACGAGCACAUCCAUGGCCUGGAUAAGAAGCUGCUGCACCUGGAGAACGUGGAAGAGAAGAACCUUCUGCUGGAGGAGAAGGUGAAAACUCUCCAGCAGGAGAACGAGGACCUGCAAGUUCGCACCCAGAACCACUUGGUCAUGGCAAGGCAGCUGUCUGAGGAGCUGCAGGCCGCCCGUGGGGCGCUGGAGAAGGAGGCACAGCUGCGGGAUCAAGCUCACCGUGAGAAGGAGGAGCUGCUGUACCGUGUGCUCAACGGGGGGGACGGCACCCCCUUCCCCCUGGCUGCCGGCGAGGUGCCCCUCAUCGCCACGUAGCACAGCACCCAUAGCACUGCGCGCUGCCAGGGG